AUGGGAUCAUUACCUAAGGAUCAUGAAAAGGUGGCUAUCGUUACCGGCUCAACUAGCGGUAUUGGUUUGGCAGUAGCCAAACACCUGCACGAUAAUGGUUACAGAGUAGUCAUCACCGGUCGGCGACCCGAAGGACAAGCAACAGCAGCAUCAAUCGAUCCAGCAGGUAGAACAGCCAUCUUCGUUCGGACCAAUGUUGCCUUGUACGCAUCGCAAGCCAACCUAUUCAAAGUGGUUUGGGAUACAUGGGGGCGCCUGGAUAUUUUUAUCGCCAACGCUGGUGGUGUCGAUGAAGACUCAAAAUACAACUUUCGUCGCCGCGAUGCAUCGAUUGAUGACAUCCCCCCCGAGCCCAGUACGACUUGCACCGAUACACACUUCAAGGGCGUCGUCUAUGGCACGACGCUUGCGACACAUUUUAUGCGCCAUAAUAGAACGCCAGGUGGCAAAAUUGUCAUCACGGGUAGCAUGAUUGGGCUUCACACAGGCUCGACGUUCCCAGAGUACAGCUCGGCCAAGGCAGCUGUACACCAUUGGACUCGCACAAUGGCAGAACCUCUCAAGCUCAAGGAAGAUAUCACCAUCAACUGCGUUAUGCCUGGAGCAGUCGAUACGCCGGCUAUGCCGAACUUCUCCGAAGCGUUUCAACCAGAGCAUUUGACACUGAUGCCCGCAUUAAUUGAGGCCUACGAUGUCUUCUUUAAGGAUGAAUCUAACGAAAAGACGGGGCAGCUAGUUGAGGUUGCGCACGACAAGCACUUUUAUUACGACCUUCCAGAGUAUAAAGGUGGCGAUGUGUCGUAUCGCAACACGCUGGCAUUCGAGCCGUGGUUUUCCUACAUCCACGGAGAGAAAAGCGGUCUGAAGGAUGCACUAGAGGGACCACCCAGUAAGCCUUUGACACGACUUUCGUAA